AUGGAUGGGGCACAGCUCAGCACUGCAGUGAAGCCCCAGCUGGGCUGUGUGCUUGUGGCUCUGGGUGUCGUGGGGCUCCGUGUGCCGCCCCAGGGUGCCAUCCUGGGGAAGGGGGGGUAUCAGGUGCCCCAGAUCCUGCUGCUGCUCUCGUGGGUGCUAAUACCCCCUAAUCAGCUGUCAGUCACUGCAGACCCCAGCAGCUAUAAAAGACCCGGGAGCAGCUCCCCGGCUCCUCUCCUGCAGAAUGGCAGCACCUCGGGGCGAGAGGAGCCCAGGACAAGAGCUGGGAGGCUGCGGGGGGCCUUGGGGGACCCUGCGAGGGCCGCCCCAAGCCCUCCUGCCCUGCCCCUGCCCCUACUCCUGCCCCUGUCCCGUUUUGGCCGGGUACAGCCUCCUGCCAGCCCCGCUCAGCCUCGUGACGCCCCUGGUAAGUGCCGCGUGCGGCUCCGGGGAGGAACGGGAUGCGGGGCUCUCCCGGGACCGGGAUGGGACUGUGCGGGGUGGUUGGAAUCGGGGCUGGGGACCUGCUGUCCCGAGGCCCCGGCAUUCUCCUGCCCGCACACACACACCGUCCUGCACUUGGCACUUGGGGUGCCCACGGGAGAGGAAAACGGCGGGCAGGAUUCAGCUCUGCCCUCUGCCACGCACAAGGGGCCGAGCCCUGACAUCCCACAGCCCCUCUCCUCUGGCUGUCACGCCCCCCUGUCCCACCCUGACGCCCCUGUGCCCCUCCAGGUCUCAGCACCCUACGAGGUGCCGCUGGGGCUGCCCGCAGAGCCGGGGCGGGUGAAGGCGGCGGCGCGAGAGAGCACCGGGGCACUGAAGGCUUGGCUGGCGCGACACCCCAGGAACCCCUACCCCAGCAAGGGGGAGAAGGUGAUGCUGGCCGUGGUCAGCCGGAUGAGCCUCACCCAGGUCUCCACCUGGUUCGCCAAUGCCCGCCGGCGCCUCAAGAAGGAGAAAAAGGCGAGCUGGGCCACACACAGCGCCUCGGAUGGCGAGGACAGCGAGGGCGAGGGGGUCCCGUCAGGGGCCGUCCCCAUUCCCAGUUCCAGCCCCAUGCAGGAUGGGUGCGGGGGCAGCCCCGAGGUGACAACAGGCCCUGGGCAGGACAAGCAGCCCCAGAAACCCAAGAUCUGGAGUGUGGCAGAGAUGCUGGAAUCUUCCCCCAGCAAGAACGGGUGUCCUCCGGGGGUGCCAGUGGUGCUGGAGCAGCUAUAGGGCUGGGACAGUCACGCCCUGUCCCCAAGGGCAUGACAGGAGAGACAGGCAUGAGAUCCAGCAGCUGCCUCACCAAGGAGAGUGGGAGGGACACAAAACAGUAAUAAAUGUGACUCUGUCUUGGGUCUCCUGGUGUGCCUGUGUGUGGUGGGGAUGCAGGGGUGCCAGCAGAGGUGGUAGGGUAAUUUCACUGCCAGUACCUCAGAGAGGAGCCCCUGUGAAGCAGGGCAGGUCCAAGGCAGAGAUUAAAAAUAGACUUAGCUCUUCUUAAUAAAAGUAAUAAAAUGGUUAGCAGUAUUAAAUUAAUCCUUACAAAACAAAACCCAAGGAGGUUAAAUAGAGACUGGAGGCUGUGCAAAAAAAAAAAAAAAAAAAAAAGAAAAGAAAACCCACAAUGACUACAAAAUAGCUGCAAAGACAUCUUUACACACCAAAGAAACUCCUCCACUCCUCCCCUCUGGGACACAGUGUCAGCGAACACGAGACUCACACAUGAGAAAGAAACACAGAUGCGAUGGGAGCAGCCCCACGAGGAGCGUGGGCGCCGCAGACAGAACUAUUUACACUCUGGACACGGAGCCGUGCCGGGCAGUCCGGCUGCAGGAGCCC